AUGACCAUCCUCAAAAAACUCCAAAUCAACAUCUCCUUUGCUGAAGCACUAGAGCAAAUGUCACUAUAUGCCAAGCUUUUGAAGGAGUUAAUGACAAAGAAGAGGAGCUGGAGAAAUGAUAAAACAGUUGUGUUAACAGAGGAGUGCAAUGCCAUCUUUCAACACAAGCUAUCUCAGAAACUAAAAGACCAUGGAAGCUUCCAAAUCCCCUGUGUUAUAAGAGAAAUCACUAUGGAAAAGGUCUUGUGUGAUUUGGGAGCCAGCAUUAAUUUGAUGUCCUUAGGAAUGAUGAACAGAAUGAAGAUGGAAAAAACCAAACCAACAACAAUGGCUCUCCAAUUAGCAGACAGAUCAUUCAAAUUCUCCCAUGGAGUAGUAGAAGACUUAUUGGUGAAAGUGGGAGACUUCAUCUUCCCAGCAGAUUUUGUGGUGUUGGAUAUGGAGGAAGAGGCCAAAGCUUCAAUCAUUCUUGGAAGACAAUUUCUAGCAACAACUAGAGCCAUCAUCGACGUCCAAAAAGGAGAACUGGUCCUUAGGCUACAUGAUGAGAAUAUGGUAUUCAACGUGUUCAAGGCCAUGAGUUACCCACCGGAAUCACUGGGAGAAUUGAUGGGGGAAAAACGAUUCCACACAAGCUAA